GAAUAAAGAAAUAGAACCGGCGAAAUAAAAGCUGGGAGAAAAACAGGGCCGGAGAAACCGGAGUCUGGGUUUUUUGCCUAUAACUCUGAAAAUGACGGCCUACAUAUUCAGACUUCUAGUACAAAGGCCUAAAUUGUGCUUCGGUAUGAAGAAUUAUGGUGAAGAAUUUCAUUUUGUUAUUUUCUGCUGCAUGUGACUUUUCAAUGACAGUUGUAUAUUCAUGUUGUUUUGUGUUCAAAGGUUUUCUCUUGGGAGCCCAUCUUGUACUUAUAAUCACUACUGCUGCACUCUAUUUCUCUGGAUAUGAUAUUCUUCCGGCGGAUUUUACUCAGGUGCCGUUGAAUUUAGAGACGGACGAGCGAAAAUUGCGGGCAGAUGCUUGGAAAUUCGCAAGGCAAGAUUCCCUUGUUACGCUAAAUCCCAUCAUAGUUGGUGAUCAAAGCGAAAGGAGUGUACGUCGGGAUGCACUUGAAAUCGUCUACGAGACUAGAGACGGGAAUGUCUUCAGCAGGAGGAAUCUUAAAGUCAUCGAGAAAACAGAAAAGGAGAUUUUCAACAACAAAAUAUACAGGGACCACCUUUGUCUACUGGCGGGAAAAACGAAAUGUCAAGCUCCAUUGUCAAUAAUAAGAUUUUUUGACGGGAGUUUGAAAUCAAUUCAUCCGGAUUUGUAUGAUCCGGAGUUUCGAAGAAUUCCUAAGGUGCUCGCAAGGGCAAGUAGAAUCAAUUUCACUCGAGCUAUGCUGACAUUCCACCUCGCAAAAGACGCAGUCAUAAGUUUAAAACAAAACAAAGCGUCAUCUCACUAUACUCGCUCGCUGUUCUACAUCGGUGCUCCACUGAAGGGAUUUUUAAACGCAGAGGAUCGCCCGGAUGAACAGUGGGAAAAAAACCAAGAAUACGCAAAAUCGGCUUUCGCAGACCAACUAGAGAAGAAGUACAAAGAUGGGCUGGGAUCUAUGAGAAUGUACUACUUUUUAAUAGCGCUAUUUUUUAAUUCAAUUUCACAACAAGUUAUUUACGACCUCCUUCUUGCAGGCGCAAGUUUCACUUUCAUCUUUCUGUUCAUGCUUUUUCAAACUCAAUCUAUAUGGAUCACAAGCUGGGCUGUAUUUAGCAUUUUAAGCUGCUUUUUUGGCGCGAAUUUCGUGUACAGAAUGAUUCUCGACUGUCGGUAUAUAGGGAUUUUCCAUGUUUUGUCGGUGUUUAUAAUUCUAGGCAUAGGGGCGGACGAUGUGUUUGUAUUUCUCGAUACUUGGCGCGGGUCGGACCAGCGCGCUUUUCCUAACCUCGCAGCAAAACUCUCCUUCGUUUAUCGUCGUGCCGCUAGCGCUAUGUUUAUAACUUCUGUGACGACAAUGGUCGCGUUUACCACAAGCGUUUUCUCCCCGUUACUCGGCGUGUCUACCUUCGGGAUAUUUUCUGCUCUUCUGGUGUUUGUAAACUACUGUUCGGUCAUCACUUUUUUCCCUACUGUUGUCAUCACUUAUGAGCUGUACUGGAAAAACUGGAACUGGAAUUGUUUCUCUUCGCUUGGAUGGACGGAAGCGCAAACGAGGGAAAAUGAGUUUGUGGAAGAAAGAGAAGUGGAAAUGAGCUGGCAGGAGAAAUUUCAGCAACCGCAUAAGUUAAUCGUGCGAUUUUUCGGGGGGUUAUUCUACACCAAAGUUAUUGGACAUAAAAUCUUCCGAUGGGUGAUAAUUGGGUUUUUCGCCGGUGUUAUAUCUGUAUCCGUCUUCUUUGCAGUGCAGCUACAGCCGGACGAGGAACAGGUCGCGGUAUGGGGCAAGGGGACUAAUUGGUACAGCAUCAAGCAGCUUCGAAAACUCGCGUUUCGCCCGAGUCAAGAGGACAAAGUGGUCAUCGUGAAUCUCAUCUGGGGACUGCAGCCGCAAGACCGUCGCUCGUGUCACUUUACCGACUACAAGUGUAAGGGGAAAACAGUGUUUGAUCACAGCUUCGAUAUGAACCCUCCGCCUUGCCAGAUGGCUAUGCUGGAAUUUUGUCACGAAUUGAAGACCCUCCCACAGAGCGUGGUCGAUAAGCUGAGAAUUCGUCGAAGUGCUGUGACGGGAGAAAUAGAAGUUCAUUGCUUUGUGGACAAAAUGAAUAAAUAUCUCAAGAAAGAACAGAAGAAGCCGAUGUACCCAAAUAACACAGUACUAACCCUGCCGACCAACGGGGCUAAGGCGCAGAUACUAAUGCGUCACAAUGGAAACAUUUUCAAUGUGUCACAGCUGACGGAUUCCUACUACAGAUACUAUGAGGCUUUAAUGGCAUUCUGGUUGACUCAGGAUAACACCUCUUACUCUAACCCGGACUAUAUCACGUACGGCAAGCUGAUUGGUGGACAGCUCGACGAGACCGAGACAUCUAAUACGCCGAACUUCCAGGGUAACAGGUACGGCAAUCGACUACUCUUCGCGUCUAUUGAGAUCAACACGACCAUCGUACCUACUCGCAUGGGCCACGUGGAGGGCCUGGAGGUGUACGACCACUGGGAGGCCUUUAUGCAGGAGAAGAUGAAGAAAAUGCCGCCAUCUUGCCGUAAUGGAUUCCAAGCCACACCCACGGCGCAUAACGCCUGGCACUGGCUUAAGGUCCAGGAGGUCCUCGCGAGCACGGCUGUCCGUGGAAUACUUAUGAGCCUUGGACUAGCCAUCGGUCUUUUAACUCUAAUGACCACGAAUUGGAUCGUGGGUCUCAUGGCGGGUGCUACCAUUGCUUGCAUCACCGUCGGCGUCGUCGGCUUCAUCCCAUUGGUCGGCUGGAAGCUCGGAGUCCUCGAGUCCCUAAAUCUAACGCUCGUGGUCGGGCUUGCUGUAGAUUACGUGGUCCAUCUGGCGGACGGCUACGUGCGAUCCCAUAACCACUUUCGCGGUGACAAGACUCGUGACGCGCUAGGGAGUGUGGGUAUUUCGGUUCUGUCAGGCGCUUGCACUACCCUCGGCGCCUCAGUCUUUAUGCUCGCGGCAAAAAUAGUCUUCUUUUUUCAAUUCGGGAUUUUUAUGUUUUGUACAAUAGGCCUCUCUAUAUCCUAUGCUCUAUUGUUCUUCACGACCCUUUUAGCGUUGGUUGGACCCAAUGGUAACACGGGCUCUAUGCUGCCCUUAUGGCGUUACUUCCGAGAUAUGUUCGCUGGGACUCAGGAAGAGACAGAACCUGAAGUGCUUUGUGAGCGGUGUCGCAGCCGCGUGCCUUACAAAUCUCCAGAGAAACUUAUGUAUGGAACAGCCACCUAUACAUCAGCAGUAUAGCGAAUCAAGACUGUCUGGCAUUAUAGUGUAAUCAUUUUUUCAGUCUUGCAUGUAGGGCCCUUGGUUUCCAGAGAGCAACAAAGGGGGAGGGGGGUUCGAAGGGUGAAAUGGUUUGCACAAAGGUAUGAAUUUUUCAUUUUUUAUUUAUAUACAAAUGAGCGUUCAAAAUGACGAUUUUAUGUAGCGAAGCAGUAGAAUAAUGAUAGAUAUAAGAAGAAAAAAUGAAUAUAAAGAUAAUAAGAAAAAGGGAAAAUGGUACAAUUAUGUAAAAAUAUGUGGGUUUGAAAAGAGAAGUAACGCUGGCGUAACUUCUUGGUAAAGGGUAGACGCGUGUCGAAAAAGCUGGUCUUUAGGCAUGUGUGCACAUAAGAAUUGAUAAAAACAGCCACGAUAGCGGCGUUCAAUUUGGGAUUCCUGUGGUUCACCUAAAGGAACUGGGGAGAGUCCCUUACACCACAAGAUUCUCGAUUCGAGCACCUUUUACAAAAGCUGUGACAGAUGGCGAUUAAAUAGGAACAAUAAGUCGAAGACAUUUUAUUCGAAUUUUGAAAAAAAUGUUAUAAUAAUUAAGACAUGGUAUUUUAGAGAUCCGAGCAAUUCUUGGCCAAAAAUAUUGUUAUUGAUAUUAAUAUGCAUGAGAAAUGUUAGUAGAUAACAGAAUAAAUAUGCUUCUAUA